AUGCUGGCGACUGUUGGUUUUGUGGCAGAGCAGUACAUCCAGUUCCCAGGCUUCACCCCUGCAGAGGAUGCUUUGCAGGCCAUCUACACUGCCCCCCCGAACAUCACGGCGCUGCUGCUGUUCGCAUGUGGGUACAUCGAGAGCUCUGCCUAUGAUGGCAAGCUCACCAUGCUUGACAUGUUCGACGGCGAGGGCGCGAAGCGGGCGCCAGGCGAUCUGAACUUCGGCAAGCGCUUCCUGCCCGGUGACAAGGCAGCGGCGGAUGAUCUGGCAACAAAGGACCUUUCCAACGGCCGCCUUGCCAUGCUGGCAUUUGCAGGCAUGGUGCACCACAACCUCGUGGUGAAGGGCCCGCUCUUCCCCCUCUUCCCGGAGGGCUGGGCGGGACCCCAGGGCUCCUGGGACCUCGACAGCACGGCUGGAGCCCUGAACAGCGGCAGCCUUGGCCUUUGA